AUGUACACACGUCUGCUAGUCCAGACCACACAAUUGUCAACACGCUGAAAACAUGUCCGAGAAGUGUUGCUAUCAAGGUUGUUAUCAUGACUUGUGAAGAACGGAACUUCCCGAGUGGAGAAGUAGACGCAGCGUCAUGUUGAUGAUGUAACAACUUGUCACAGCAGCUUUCAUCAUGGCGGACGGCUAACAUAGCAGCUAGCUUAGCUGGACCCGCCUUUCUGCUGGUUUUUACCGCUAUAAAACUGGACUAAAUCAAGCAUGGUGGCGAUAAUGAAGCUUUCUACAACCAUCUGGUUUUGCAGGUUGCGCUAAUGAUCUCAUGGAGAGAACAGAUUUUGAGGGGUGGCUGGAGUCAAUCUCAGCCAGUUUUCUUACGCUAAACGACCAGCAGCGCAUCCAGUCUUUAGACCACCUUAUAUCCAUCAGUGGUGCUGCCCAGCUUCGUCACUUGUCUAAUGGACUCGAGGCGCUGCUCAAACGUGACUUCCUGCGACUCCUGCCUCUGGAACUGGCUUUCUAUUUGCUGCGCUGGUUAGAUCCGCAGACUUUACUCACCUGCUGCCUCGUGUGCAAGCAAUGGAAUAAAGUGAUAAACUCAUGCCUGGAGGUGUGGCAGAGUGCUUGUCGUAAGCUUGGCUGGAGGAUCGAUGAGUCCAUUCAGGAUGCAUCCCAUUGGAAGGGUGUCUACAUUAAGGCUAAGCUGCGAAUGAUGCAGUUGAAGGAUCAGAAGGCCUUUGAGACGUCCUCACUGAUUGGCCACAGUGCUCGUGUGUAUGCUCUCUACUAUAAGGAUGGUCUACUCUGUACAGCAUUUUCAAACAUAAAUGUGGCAAGAUGGACUAAAACUGUUGCGUUCGGGUCCCGUCGUAGCAAGGAUUGUGUUCCCCAGGAUGCGGAAGGACGAGCAGGAAAACAGCUUGCAGUAUUCUGGACAUCUGUGUUGGUGAAUCUGUUGCAAUUUGUUCAUUGCAUUAUGGAGAAAGAAGCUGAGCAAGCAAAGAAGAAAGUUGUCGGUGCGAAGCGGAUAUUUUGCGAGGGAAGUCAGCAACACAACACAGCCGGUGUUUGUUUACAUUCCCGAAAGAUGCAGUCAAGAUCGAAGAACUCGGACAACAGAGACUCUAACCAGGAGGACUUUGAUUUGGAUACACAGACGCGAUACCGAUCUGAUGAUCUGUCUGCCAAAUUAUGGGAUGUUCGCACUGGGCAGUGCAUUUAUGGAAUUCAGACUCACACGUGUGCCACAGUUAAGUUUGAUGAGCAGAAGCUGGUGACUGGAUCCUUUGACAACACUGUUGCAUGCUGGGAGUGGAGCACAGGGGCCAAAAUUCAGCAGUUCCGUGGCCACACAGGAGCAGUUUUCAGCGUGGAUUACAAUGAUGAGCUGGACAUGCUGGUCAGCGGUUCUGCAGACUUUACUGUGAAGGUCUGGGCUUUGGCAGCCGGUGCCUGUCUCAACACUCUGACUGGACACACUGAAUGGGUUACCAAGGUGAUACUGCAGAAAAGUGAGGUGGAGUCGAUGGUGCACAGUCCUGGUGAUUAUAUUCUUCUAAGUGCUGACAAGUAUGUAAUUAAGGUUUGGCCUUUAGGAAAAGAAAUAAACUGUAAGUGCUUAAAGACCCUGUCAGUGUCAGAAAACCGCAGCAUCAGCCUUCAGCCCCGUUUGCAGUUUGAUGGACGCUACAUUAUCUGCAGCUCUGACCUUGGAGUGUACCAGUGGGACUUUGCCAGUUUUGAGAUUCUCAGGGUGAUAAAAUCGCAGGAUCCAGCCAACCUGUCUUUGCUUAGCUUUGGCGAAGUGUUUGCCCUCCUUUUUGACAACCAUUUCCUCUAUGUGAUGGAUCUCAGGACAGAAACAAUUUCAGGCCGCUGGCCUUUACCACCUUACAGGAAAUCGAAACGUGGAUCCAGUUUCCUGGCUGGUGUUACCUCUUGGCUCAAUGGUUUGGACGGAGACAAUGACUCUGGACUUGUGUUUGCCACCAGCAUGCCAGACCACAGCAUUCACUUAGUACUAUGGAAAGAAAACAUGUAUCAAACCUGACGCCGCGACGGGAGCAUUUUAUUUUAUUUCUUAUUUUUUUGGUCAAAUCAGUAAAGACAAAAACUUAACAUGUCUUGACAGUGACUUUAAACCAUGUGUUCAAAAUAAACCACUCUUAACA